AUGAAAAACUCAUAUCCCACCUGGAACUGGCUAUGGCUAGCUGUAUUCUACAUCACCACCGUGGUUUAUGGUCUGUCAAUCGCAAAUGACACCAGCCCACCUAUCUGUCGAUGUAUGCCAGAAGACUCCUGUUGGCCUGAAGACAGCAAAUGGGCCCAUUUCAACAAAACAGUCGGCGGCAGGUUGAUCGCAACCAUCCCGAUCGCCAGCGUCUGUCACUUCAACUCCCUCACACCGUACAACCAAUCACAAUGCGCGCAACUCCAGUCCGAUUGGGGAUUUCCGGCAACGCACUAUGAAAGCUCUUCGUCGAUUAUGGCUGAAAGUUUCACAAAUCUGAGCUGCAAUCCCUUCUCAUCGAAAGAUUCCCCUUGUACAUUUGGGAAUUACGUACGGUACACCGUCAACGCGACGACUGUCGAACACGUCCAGAAGAGCAUCCAAUUUGCAGCCCAUCAUAACCUUCGCCUUGUCAUUCGCAAUACCGGACAUGAUCUCUUCGGAAAAUCCACCGGGGCUGGGGCAUUGGCCAUCUGGAUGCAUCACAUGAAGAAUAUAUCCAUCGUUGACUACUCCUCAUCAGAAUAUUCCGGCAAAGCUGCGAGGAUGGGCGCGGGCGUUCAAUCAUUCGAAGGCAGUGAUGCAGCAUACAGGGCUGGACUUGCUAUUGUGGGUGGCAAUUGUCCGACUAUUGGCCUUGCAGGCGGAUAUUCCCAAGGUGGGGGUCAUGGUCAACUGGCGUCCUAUGCCGGGCUUGCUGCUGAUCAAGUGCUGGAAUGGGAGGUGGUGCUUUCAAAUGGCACGCGGGUCACUGCUUCGCCAAGAGAUAAUCCAGAUCUCUACUGGGCAUUGGCAGGGGGAGGUGGAGGUACAUAUGGUGUCGUUGUUUCGAUGACAAGCAGGGCGUACCCUGAAUUGCCUACGGCAUCGGGGAAUCUUUCAUUCUCCGACACUGGUAUAUCGCGAGCCACAUUCUUUGCCGCCGUGGAGAUCUUUCUCUCGAGUCUACCGUCGGUCGGUGAUGCUGGUGGCGUAAGUGUCUGGUGGUUGACAAAUAACACUUUGUCAAUGACUCCUACGACCAUCCCCGGUGGCAGUACAGCAAUAUUUCAUUCGCUGUUCAGUCCUCUUCUUGCGUUUCUGGAACAGAAAAACGUGGAAUUCACAUACUACGCCAAUGACUUCCCUACAUAUCACGAUGCCUAUGAGACGAUGAAUCAACCCAACAACAUAACUGACCAACUUAUCGGUGGGCGUCUGAUUCCAAGAACUGUCGUAGACCAUAAUCUGUCUGGUCUAGUGACCAUGUUCCGCAACGUUGUCGAAAGGAACGCUGGGUUCCUUAUUUCUGGUGUUGGGGUCAACUCGUCACGAACGGUUCAUCCUGAUAAUGGUGUGAACCCAGUCUGGCGAGAUGCGACAAUGAAUAUUGUCAUCGGCGCGCCAUUCGAUUAUACCGAUCAGCGUGCCAACCGCGACCGACAGCACCUCAUUACUGAUACUCUUAUGCCACCGCUAGAAGAACUAACACCUGGCGGGGGUGCGUAUUUAAAUGAGGCCAAUCGGAAUCAAGCAAACUGGCAGCAAGCAUUCUAUGGGGAUAAUUACGACCGUCUCCUAGAGAUUAAGAGAAAGUAUGACGGCGAUGAUACGUUCUAUGCUUUCAAGGGCGUGGGCAGCGAGGCCUGGACUAGGGGUAAGGGUGGUCGGCUGUGUAGGUUGCAGAAGAACUACUCGAUAUGA